GCACUCAUCGACAUCCCAUGUUCAGAGCUGGCUCGGGAACUUUGCCAAAGCUGUGCCACUGUCCAAGGGCUCCAGAACACACUCCAGCAGGUGCUUGACCAGAGAGAGGAGGCCCGCCAGUCCAAGCAGCUCCUGGAACUUUAUCUCCGGGCCUUGGAGAAGGAGGGCGACAUCUUGUCCAACCAGGAAGAGUCCAAAGCUGCCCUCAGUGAAGACUUGGAUGCGGUUGACACGGGCAUCAGCAAAGAGAUGGCUUCAGACGUGGCACUGACGAGCCGAAUCCUUACCACACUGAGGGAGAAGCCUUCUCCAGAGCUGAGUUUAUCUAGUCAGGAUUUGGAGGUGGGCGAGGACUAGGGGCCCUCAACUUCAGAGAAUGGCUUUACCAGGAAGUGUAGUUUGGUUCCCUUCACCUCUGCAGGCUGACCUACCCUGCCGAUUUGCCUUUUAACACGGCCAGAGCAUUUGCAAGCAUCCCACCUCAUCUAAAUCCAAGUGGCUUGUUUUGUUU